AUGAAUAUACCCUUUAAUAAUCAAAAUAUUAAUCAUCGUCCUGCUCAUAUGUCUGCUACUCGACCACCACCUUCCUUAACGACAGCAUCUUAUAUUCAUUUACGUCCUCAUGUUAAUAAAAAACCUAAUCUUUAUGGUGCUACACAACGAAAAGAUUUUCAUCCUUAUAAAAAAUUUCAAACAGGUUCAACUACUACAUUUUCUGGCUAUACAAAUAUAUCUAAUUGUUUUCAAUCAAAACCACAAAAUGAUAAUGUUACACAUAUUAAUUCUUCUAAUAACACAAAUAAUCAAAAAAUACCUUCUCUCAUGUCGCUUGAUCAUUUCCAACAACCACCACGAAAAAGUCGUCGAAGUUUUCAACAUGCUGAACAAUAUAAAUAUCAAACUCAAUCAAUUCCAAAUUAUGAGAUAAAAUGUUAUGAACAUGUUAAUUAUAGUAAACCAACAACAUUAAAUAAAUUCAAUGGAUUAGUUUUAUCUGAUUCAAUGUGCAAAUAUGUACGUCCAGAACAAAUAAGUAUAGAUGAUAUCAAGGUAAAAGUAUCUUUUGAAUCCGGCUGCGACUGCAGUCGAAUGGUCAAUUUUUUAGAGAAACAACAACUUGAACAAAAUGAUAUAUUUGAAACGGAUUUUAUUGUUUUUUCUUUAUGUACCAAUGAUGUUGCUAAUUUAGGACCCGAUCUUGCUAUCCAACAAUGUCAUUAUUUAAUUCAACGUGUACGACAAUUAUUACCUCGAAUAAAAGCCAUCGGUUGGCUUGCUCUUUCACCACGAUGGAAACCAUCAAAAUUAUUUAAUUCUUUAGAUAUCGACGAAAACAAUCAAAAAUUUAAUCGACUUCUACAAAUACUGUCACAACAAAUGAAUUUUCAAAUUAUUAAUGCUCAUCUUCAACAUCAACACAUGCAUCAAGAUGGACUCCAUCCAUCAAUCCAAUCAGGUCGUAUACUUAUUGAAAGAGCUCUGCAUAAUUGGUUUACUACACAAAGUCAACGUUUUGCUUUAGAUAAUCAAGAUAAUCAAUAUCAUCAUCAACAUCAUAAUUUACUACAACAACAUCAACAACAAUAUCAUCAACAGCAAAGGCAACAACGACAAUAUCAUCAACAGCAAAGGCAACAAUGA